CACCGGAGGCUCCGUGGUCAAAGUGCACGCGCUUGCUUAAUGUAGCUGCCUGGCGGGCGCUGCCAUGUCAGGGCUGAACGAACGGGACCGGGAUGGGGCUCUGCUUGCCUUGCUUGGGGGGAGCUGCCGCUGAUGUAGUGGAGACGCCGGACCCGGAAGUUAAAAGAAGACAACUUGCAGAAGCUGCAGAAAAAAGGCAGAUGGAGGCCUCUUCUCGGGGUAUUAAGAAUCCAUCUUCUGUGGAACAAAAGAAAAGGAAACAGGAAGAAAUGGAAAAACGUCUUGAAUCGGCAACCCCAGGACCAGAAGGAGGCGGGCUUAGAUGGCAAGUUGGAUAAUUCUGGUUCAGCUCCAGAUGGGAAGGACAGAAUGAAUGUUCUACUGCCAAUAACUUGUCAGUUCCUGCAGCUGAACGACACUUGUUCGAUGUGUUUGGCUUUUGCUGUUGUUUGCCUCUGGAGACUCAGCAGUACUUUGCCAUUGUGGCAGGACAGAUGGAAAAUGUGUACUAAGGAUCUCUUUUUUCAAACUAAAACCUCACAAUGUACAGCAAAGAUGGCCAAAACCUGUUGUUUAUUUGUUAUGCUGCCAUAUUCUAUAACAUUGCAUGUCUUAACAUAUUGGAGGGACAGAUCAUGGAAGAGGCUGUUAUGAUGAUAAAGGAGAAGUUCAUACCUUGAUUAUUCUGGGGAUAAUCCCGCUUUAAAUAACUUCUUUAGAUACUUAACUGUUCUUUUGUCUGUGUCAUUCUGAUAAAAUUGAAGUCACAAUCCUCACCCCUCAUUUUUUCGGAAUUAAUUAAGUCAGUAGGCUUCCUUCAGAGUAAACAUUUUGAAGAUGAAACCUUUUGUGUCCCCAUGGAUGAUUUUCCAUGUUUAAAAGAAUUGUUGCCAUGAGGUGAGAAAUGCCUGUCUUUGGUUAUUUGUUCUUUUAAAUAACACCUCUGUAGGGAAAAAUACAGCCAUGUGAAAGGGACUGUUAAUUGUACAGUAGAAACUAAUCCACAGUCAUGCGUCCGAUGUACCACACAAAGCUGUAUUUGUAAGAAUAAGGCAGUAUGGAAAUCAUUUUCUACUUUGUGGUGAGAUUUCUCUCUACAAAUGAACAUGACAGUUUUAUCUGAUAAAUCCUGGGGGUCUGUUGGGUUUCUGCAAAUCUGCAGGGUUAUUAAAAUUGCUUCAAGGCAUUAUGAUCCAAUGUACUUAUGCCAAGAUAAAUAUAUUUAUAUGGUUUAUUCUUUCAACUUUUUGGAUGUUCAUGUUUAUGAUAUUUGGGGCUCCAUGGUUGUUGUUCAUUAAAAAAUACAACUAAGCUAAUAAGGACACACCUGAGUGCAAUUCUCUCUGUGAGUAUCUCAUUCUCUAAUGUAAUUUGGAUAGCCAUUUCAAGUGCGUGAUAACUCCUCCAUUGAUCAAUACAUUUAGUCUUUCAGAACAAUUAUUAUUGUGUGACUAUUCACACAGCCUAGUUCUUGGAAAUAAGGAGAGAAGGCCUAACAGCUUACAGUCCAAAAAAUGAAAAGACCAUUUUAUCUUUACUUGACCCUGAUAAGUUUAUAUGGGCUGUUGGCUCUUUAUUGCCCCCCACAGUGGCAGAGCUUUGCUUCUUGAAAUGAAUCAGUUUAGUGGAAAAUGUGCUCCAGGCACACCGCAAAAAUUCCAUUCAGCGUGCAAAUUGAAGCUGAGUUUUUUCUUGGGGUGGGGGCCAUGGAGUCACUUUGUCUCCAAUACUUUUACUUAAAACAAGUUAGUGAUAAUUUCAAAAAACAGCAAAAUGUCCAUUAUUAAAUAUUGUAUUCAAACAGUAAAAAUCAGUUUCAACUAGAAUAGUUUAAACUCUCCCUUUCAAUGUUCUGUGUGAAUGAUAUGACUACAAGUACUUUGUUUUCUGGCUUAUAGAAUAUAAUGCUUGUCUUAAAAUGCUUUUCCUUAAAGUUUGCUUUAAAGUUCACAAACUGUGCUAAAUUUAUUUAUGAAAUUAAAACUUUGGUUUGGGCUUUUUAGAGAAAAUGCAUAUUAGGGGAAAAUUAUUUGCAUUAAAAUGCCAGUUAUUAGGUAGCAGAGAUGGGCAUGGUGUAACAGUACUGCCACUGGCACAUUUUAACCUUUCUUUCAUGCAUUAGUAACAUUAAUUUGUCCUAUCAUAACUUCUGAGAGAGUCUGGUUCCUACUUCUAUUUUUGUUCACUGUAGUGUACUUUAAUAAUUCAGUGUAAAAGCAUGUGGCCUUGUUGUAAAAUAUUGAUACCUCAAACUAUAUAAUUCUGGGCAUUUGUGUUCCGAGCUACAUUUGCAUCGCACCUGUUCUUACUGCUUUUAACUGAUGUAGUACUAAUAUACCAUUUGGUUAUCCUGGGGUAACAAGUGGACUUCAAGAUUUCCAGUAAUCCACAGCAUCCAUCAAUGUGAUAGUGCUUAGAGAAGAAAUUAAAGUGCCAAUUUGGGAAUUAAGUUGUGUGUUUUCCAUACUUUUAUUACUUUUGCCAAUCUUUGAAAAAGGAAUGGUGUCAGAAUAAAAUCACUAUGCACUCUGCAAUCAUAACUGUUCUCCCCUUAAAGCAGAAGAUAAAGAACAUUUUCAUGCUAGUGCCUAUGCUUCUUUGAUCUUUCCAUCUCUUUACAUAUGAAUUAUGGUCUCCUGAUGAAGAUGCUGGGCCUAUUGAAAGCCUAAAUGCAGUGUCUAUGAAUAAACAUGGAAAUCUUCCAAACAAGUAAAGAGUACGGGUAGGGAAACCUGUGGCUUCAUGUUGCAUAUAGUUUUUUUCUCUGACAAAGUUCAUAACACAGCCAGCAGUAUCUGAUUCAUUGGCUUCAUUUGACCAUUACCUUUGGGAUGAUAUGGAGUUUUCUGGGAAGAACCAAUAUUGCAGUAUUGCUGUAUUCUUUUGAAAAUAUGUUUUUAAAAUUCUUCAUCUUAGUCAUGAUUGUGAAAACCAAACCCCCAGAAUAAAAUCAUUGAAUAUUU